AUGUCUGAACCAAGGCGUCACGAAAGGCCAAAACUACCCAAGUUCGAACCUCUUCCUCCCACGAACCCACUCAAUAGGUUGAUAAAUUUCAUAGUGGCACCUAUCUUCUAUCUUCUCUUUACUACGAUUGCGAGUAUCAUCGUAGUUCCAAUCUAUGUCAUGAUUGACAAAUUCAAGCAUAGCCGCAACCAACACGGUGGACAACGGGUGCCGUCACAAGAAGACCGACAGUACCCUGGACAACCAGACAAAGUGAACAAAGCAUCGGCAUUCCUCCGAUCUUUCGGCGAUAGCUAUGGCACACCUUCCAGGAGCAAGAGAGCCGGUUGA